GUGCCUGAGCUCAAAGCUCUGUUAAUGCGUCGCUAGCUCCAUCUACUGCUGUCUUCUUCCCUGCAUCUUUAUUCCUGAUAGUGGCUCAUUGGCAUCUAAACUAGCUAUUUCUGCUUCUCUCCAGUCGCCUUUGUGGCUGGAAAUAAGUGUCCAUCCUGUUGUGUAUGGACAUCAAAUAUGCCAGGAGUUUGCCUGCUGUCCUUAGCCAGACACCUUUUCCUCCUCCCAUUAUUGUGCAGUGGACUCGGUGCCAGCUGCCUUUUACUUGUAAGGGGCUGUAUCCUACUGGAGAUCCCACGGUGCUGUACAGCACCUUGUGUGGAAGGAAGGCUGUACGGAAACGCAAAAUACUAAGAGCUUAGUUAUUUUUCAGGUUGGGGAAAUACAUGGGGGAUGGGCAUUAUUUGCCUAAUGGCAAUACCCAAGAUCAAGUCCCCAUUAUAGUAGGUGCUGUACAGACAUAAGACAGUGCCUGCCUUGGAGAGCUUACAACUGAACUACUACAAAGCAGCUCAGUGAUUAUUAUUUAUUUUAUUUUUUGGGGGGGGAGGGUGUAUGUGUGGAGAGAGACAACCAAGCACCAAGUGAACUGAUUGGCUCAAGUCUGCCACGCAGCCUUGAGCCAAUAGAACCUACAUCUCCAGACUGUCUAGCAUCCUGUCCACUGGACCAUGCUACCUUUGAGUGGUAGGGGAACUGUUUUCCUCAGGGGGCAGGGAGGAGAGGGGCAGAUCAGCAUAUGUAGGCAAAACUUUGGGGUUGCACCUCUGAAAAGGAGGUUGUAGUCAUGCAGUACUUCCUAAGGCCACUGAAUAAAUCUAAUCAGACUGGAAUGGCUAGAAGUCUUACUUUAUACUGUCAAAUGCUAUACAAAUAUUGACUUGGGAUGUGAGACUGAGCUUGGUCCUUCAGUACAGUGUGAACAGACAUCCAUGUACAACAAAACUCAACUGCUUUCCCACAAUGCUCUCUGCUUUGCAAUGAGGAUGAACUAGGUAAAGAGGGACAGCUUCUGGGUCUGAAGCACUUGGUACCUGGGUGCCUCUGUCCCAAGUCAGAUCUCUUGCCAGUGACUGGUGUGUGUGUUUAAACACAAUCUAGGUCAUCUGUUCAUCUAUUGUAUUGCUGGGUUUUCUCUGGUAACCUGGUGAAGCUGCCAACUCCCAUAGGUGCCUCUGGGAAAAGAGUGCCAAGUAAAAUGAAAGUUUAAGGUACCAGGCUACUAAAUGUAAAAAUGCUCUGAUGUUCUAUUGCUCAGUCAUUCAGUUCACCUGCACAAGCCCUUUCCCAAGGGAAAAGAUCUGUAUGCAAAAGGGGAUUUCAGUAAAACUGAAACUAUGGCCAAACCUGUCUGCCCACCUGUCAGUUUGAAAAGCUGUGGAGCAUGUCAGUGGCAUUAACUUACUGAAGAUUCUACUAUACCUGAAUCUUGGGUAGCAUCAAUAUUUAAUCUUUUAGUUGUUGCUUAUCUUUCAGUAACUACUGUGGCAGCUCUUAGGGGAACAAGAAACGAUUAAAUUAGGAAGUAGCUGCAGCAUUGCUGCUGUAAUCUAGCCUGGCUGUGUUUGUGCUCUCAGGGCUUGGUGGUUCUUCCUGCUGACAGAUUUGCACAGGAAGCAUGGCACUGCAUAGUAUCCUACAAGAUGUGUGGUGACACUGUUGUCAGUGUCCACUCACUCCUGCAGUCCCUUCUCACGUGGUGAGGUACUCUGGGUGCUGAAAGCAUUCCAGACACUGGUCAUAGUUAUCAAACAGGGUACUGAAAGUGCAAAUCUUGGCACUUGCUUUGUCCUAGAGAAUCUGCCAAAUGCCUGCUGAUGGAUCUAACUUGCUGAAUAAUUUUGGCUCCUGACAUUUCAGCAAACUGUCCUUUCGCUGUUGGCAAGUGUAAAUGUUCCCAUUCAAUGUUCUUGUUCAUCUCCUGUGGUCUGAUGCAUACUUUUUCCGCUUCUGUGUUUUUCUCUACAAUCACUGAGUGAACCUCUUCUCCUGGCUCUCCUGUGGAUGAUACCAUUAGCCGUCCAUGUCUUGCAGCUUUGUCUGGCCUCUCUUUCCAGGCUUCUGGAACGUUUCAUGUGGCAUGCCUUUCUGGUUCUUUCAUUCCAUAGCAGUAACUUGUGCCCUCUUUCAGCAACUUCAGUGCAGUUGUUUGAUUGGAUGAACCUCCCCCAUUAAAUUUUGUAUAGCAAUGCACAUAACAUUCUCCUUUGCAAAUGUAGAGGGUUCCUGUCUCUCUAGCUCACUCUCCUAAUCUGUAUGCAGUGUUGUAGCUGUGUUGGGCCCAGGAUAUUAGACACACAAGGGUGGACCAAGUUGGUCCAGUAAAAGAUAUUAUGUCUCAUAAUCUGAAGUUUUAUGGUAUACUCAAGGCCGAACGAAAUGGGCACGCUUGAUCUCAUCUGUCUCUACUUCUGCUCUUGAUUUUUUUUUUUAAUUGUCUGGUCUAUACUUGUCUCUCCUUCCAAUCCCAGUGCUUAUGUUCUAAUGUCCACCAAGUUAUCUCUUGUGUGCUGGAGAUGGGCAUUUGUUGUGUUGGCCCAAAGAGCUGAGGUCCUCCAGUUGUUCAUAUCUAACAUCAGAGAGAGAGAGCCCUACCAGCUCAGCUGCUGGCUAUACCUAUAAAACAGACUAUCAAAUGUUCUGUCAAGGCAGCAUCAGUGUAAGCAAUGCCAUAGAUUCACUGUCCAUUUAUCCCAUCAACGGUGCUUGCAAAUAAGCUCUGAGACUUCUUUUUCGGAAGAACAAGAUUCACUAAUGAGUUGUGUUUCCAGGUCAACUAUCUUCAAAGCCUUUAAGGAAAAAAAUGUCUAAGCCAUGCAUCUAUUGUUUCCCUCCUCCUUGGUUGUUUCCACAGUUCAUCUGAUUAAUUCUCUUAACUGACCAUGGAAAUCAAUUAACCUGCUCCAUGCUGAGAAUGACAUCCUCUGCUAAAUGGAACAAAAUUGCUGCUUUCUCCAGUCAGGCUGAGAAUGUUGGGGGUGGGGGGAGAGAAUCCUUCUUUUAUAGGAAUAGUCAAGCUGAUCAAAAUCAACAGAAAGCAUAUUUUUUUUUUUAAGUUUGAGCCCUUCUCUUCAAAACUGCAUAUGGCACUGCAAUGCAAAACAGCUCAGAUUUGCAGGGCACAUUAGGAGCUGGCCGAAUCCAGAAUUCGGGUGGGGUGGGGAAAGGGGAGGAGGGGAAAAUCUCGGGUGAGCAGAGACAGACCACAGCUUAGGGACUGACUGUCCUUAUCUGCUGCAGCUGCUCUCCAGAUUUGCUAUUAACAUGUGGUAGCCUGGAGUUUGUAAUGGGUAUUUGAUAAGACAGAGAAAUAAAUGGCUCCCCUUGUCCCAUAACACUCAAUUGUUCUGGUGGGUAUCUUGAACUGCUUCCUAGACUAAAAGGGGCAGCAAGCUCACUAUCCUGGAGGGGCACUUCAGAACUAACAGUUCAUAUGUCCUGGCACGCGCCUGUAUCAGCAACAUCUGCAGUCUCUUGGUAAGCUGCUGUGGACAGGCAAGUCUUAAACAGCAAAGCAUCACGCAAUAGCUCAGAAUGCAGUCUCAUUCCUUGGAGCUGAUGUUCUGUUCUGUACAGGUGCUUGCAUCUUCCUGCAGUGUUUGAGUGCCUUCCCAUCGUGUGCAAAGUGACUAACAUCUGUCUUGUGGCUCUUUCUUUCUGUUGUCUUCUCCCUAAUGGCAGGACUGUGUGCAGCGUGGUGACUUGUUUUAAUGUCUGGAGAGAGACAGGCCACAAGUGCACCUCGCUUUUGAAAGCAGAAUGGGAGCUGGGGAGGAUAGUAAUAGCCCUUAGCUUCUGGGGGAGUUCAUUUGACACUAUGGGACUGGCUCCUGGAAAAGCUGUUUCCUGCAGAGACUAGCUUUACCCUUUCCUGCUCCACUGUGUCUGUGGAGCAAAGUGUCAACAACAAUCCUCAGGCAGGGAUCCAGGCCAUUGAGCAUGGUGGAGAGUAGCCAGGGAGGGAAUGUGAGUGGGAUCAGUGUGGAAACUAACUGUUGCUUCUAUUCUAGACGUGGCUGGAACUUGGAAACAAGCAGCGAGCCGCAGCAGACACUAGCAUGAAUCAGAGAAGCUCCCACUCUUUGUGUUCAAACUGGUUGUGGCUCAGACUAAGGCAAGUGACCCCAUUCCCUCCAGUCUGGUGACUCGGGAUAGGUCUGGGAUUGUCCUCAAACUGCCCCUUGAGUCUUCCUGUGCUUGGCUUUCACGCCUGUGUGGUAAGAUUUGGAGGAAUUAAAGUGACCGGACCAGUGUGCAGACUGUGGCCUAGCCGUGGAAUGAUGUAGCCCUGUCCACUAGGAUUUGAAGGCUGGAGGCAGGGAAGAUGCUGAAUGUUCAUACACUGAGUGUUCAGAGGCAACAAAAUCUAAUCUCUUGUGUGGCCUUGCAGAAGGAACACCUGGAGGGAGAAGCACAUGACCACAUGGUGGUGAGCCACGUGAAUUUGGUGGACCUCUCAGGAAGUGAGCGCUGCAAUCUGGCACAAACAAGUGGGCUGAGAACACAGGUUGGGUGAUGCUGCUUACUUUGGGGUGGGAAAAGAGGGGAAACUGUCUAAAUCCAAAUGCAAAAUCUUCCACUGAGUUGGCAUGAUGUCUAUGAAACUGAGAGGGAGUAGUAGCGACCUUGGAGGAACCAUUAGACUUAGAACCGGGAGAUCUGGGUUCUGUGUCUCCAAGAGGAAAGCCAAUUAAGUGUGACUUGAUCCUCUACUUAUCAGAGUCCCUAUCUGAUAACCAAUUCUUGUCUGAAAAGUGCUGUAGAAGUGCAAAGUAUUGAUGUUAGUCUCUCCUCGAUCUGAAAAUCCCCAGUCCUAGCAUCCUGCUAUUGAUUAGAAUUUUUAACUGACUUUUCUCAGCCAAGUAGGUGUCUCUAAAGCAUGAUGGUGAAUGAAUGCCAAAAUGAGAGCCUCCAAGGAAAACCCCACACUUAAGCAAGCUGGAUUAUUUUAACUCUGAGAACAUGGAUACCCUCUGAAAUAUCUGGAUCUCUGUGGGAUACCAUGUUGAGAAAAGUAACCAUAUCAAACUGGCACACCUUACUCCAUAUAUAGGAUGUUUCCUCUGUGCCAUAUCUGCUUACUCUACUGACAAAUGAAGUCUCCUGCUACAGGUAAUCCAGCAGAGCUAAUGCAGUUUUGGAUAACUGAGCUGGAUUCUGUGCUGCCACAUGCAUUGUGAAUUUAGCUGGCAGCUUGGUUCCAAUUGCUGAAUUUGACUAGGGCUGAUGUGAGAAGCCAACUGGUAGCAGCAUGUAAAAUUGUUUGAUUUGCAAACUGAAUCUGGAAGCUAUUGGGAGAAACAAGUCUUUGGAUCCAGUUCUCAUUUUUGUAACCAUAUAAUGAUGUGAUGCCAUAGCUGGGAUCUGAAAGGGAGAACCUAAGUUAAUCAGUAAGCUUCUGUAUCAAAAUCCUGGUGGUUGCGGUUACCUUUGUAAAUUUGGUAAUAUAUCUUUCCAGGAAGAUGCUAGUAUCAGCAUGUCCCUGCUUACCCUCGCGAAGGUGAUCUCUGCACUAUCUGAAAUGUCCCAAUUCAAGAGAAAGUGCUUCAUCCCUUACAGAGACUCUGUCUUAACCUGAGCUGAAAGCUGAGGUUGAGAAGCUGAGCGCUGCCCUGCAGUGCAGUCAAGGGAUUGAUGUGCUGAAAUAUGAAGCUAGUCUCCAAGAAAUCCAGUAUCUGAAAGAACAACUUGCUGAACCGGAAAGAGAACUGGCAGAAUCACAGAAGUCCUGGCAGGCGAAGCUGGCUUUACCAGAACAACACAAGAUGGAAGAGGAGCAAGAACUGCAGAAAGCAGGAGUAUGCUUUAAAGCUGACAACCAUCUGCCAAACCUGGUAAAUCUAAAUGAAGAUCGACAGCUCUCGGAGAUGCUUCUCUAUAUCCUCAAAGAGGGAGAAACCAGAGUGGGGAGUCUUCAUCCAGGCUCUGAGCAUAACAUCCAGCUGACAGGCGCACUCAUUUCAGUGGACCACUGUGUCAUCACCAAUGUGCAGGGAGUGGUCACCUUAAGUCCUAUCCCAGAUGCCAGGACCUUUGUGAAUGGAAACUUCCUAGUUGAGGCAGUCACUCUACACCAUAGGAACAGAGUGAUUCUUGGUGGGAACCACUACUUCAGAUUCAAUCACCCAAUGGAGGUCAAGAAUGGGCGCCGUGCCUCUUUGAUGCCAGCAGGGGGAGCUGAUGGGCUGAGGGACUUUGAAUUUGCUAAAAACGAGCUCGUUGAAGCUCAGAAGCAGAGAAUUGAAAUGGAGGUAGAGGAAGCCAGACGGCAGGCACAGAAGGAAAUGAUGGAAGAGCUACAGAUGGCCAAGGAGCUGGCUCAGCAGGAGCUAUGGGCUCAAAGCAGGCUUAUAAGGAUCACAUCAAACAGCUGGAAGAACUGCUGGUAAAUGAAACAAACAAAAAACUCCUGAGUAGAAGGAAGGCGGCUGACGAGCUACUUGUGCACUUGCCUGCCCUGGCUCAGGUCAGUAAGUAAAAGGUGCUUCAUGCCAUGGUGCAGAAGAACAAACUCUGAAGUAGUUUCAGUGUGUGACUGUCCUUGGAGGUGUCGCAGAUUCUGCUACUGCAGGGCCAAUGGCUUUGCUUUAACCAAAAGCUAUGAACCAAAUGUCACUAGUGCUUCCUUUCCCAUACACAACAGUUGGUGGACUUGACUUGACAAUGUCAGCAGGUGCUAUGGAAUGAACUUGCAGUGAGAGAAAACUACAUAACACAUCAUCCGACUUUUCUUCUUUCUUUUAGCAUUCUCCCACCUCAUCCUCUCCAUUAGCAGUGAUUCCUGCCUGGAUACCCCUUUUGUCUCCACUCACAGAUCCCUCUACAUUGUUCAAACCAUCCCUUAGUUUGGAGCAUCAAGACCUAUUCCUAAAACCUCCCUUCUGCAGCACUGCUAGAAAAUAAAUGUUGAUGAUUAAAUGGCUUUCAAAGCAUUCAGUGUUGGCUUAAGUCUACUCCUGUUGAACUCAGCAGUAACCUGAUUUCAUUAGGAAUACAGUCUGGGCAAUGCAGAGCACUUCUGAAUAGCCCACCCUAAAAUUGUGCAUGUCAUCAGGAUGUACUAGAUGCUAAAUGUGGGCAACUACAUAAUUCUGUCUCUAACUACAUUUGUCCUUGGAUUCCCCUCCCGGGGAUGCUACCUCAUCUUGUGCGUCAUUUAGAUGAAACACUUUGGGCUUAGACUUGUCUGUGAGAAGUCUAGCACACUUCUGCACCCGAUGAAUAAGAGCCAUGUUCUUUAAAUAGUUAACACGUGACUACAAGCAUUAAGAUGGAAUGGCUGGUCAGGCACAGGAGCUGGGGAUUAGUGUUUCAAGGAGUUAUGACCCCAGGGAAGAGUCUGGGAAUGGAGAGCUCAGGUGUCCUUAGCUGGUAGGGGUGUGCUGAAAGAAUUGCGGCUCAUGUCUCUUGAAGACUCAGGAUACCCAGCAAAAAUGAAGCAAGUUCCUGGACCUCCUUGAGCAGGAAAAAGAGAAGCUGGCUGAGGAGAUGGAGCUGCUACAGCAGAUGCUUGUCACCAAAGAGCAGGAAAGGAA